GGGAGUGGUGUUGGUGUGUGUGGAGCGUGAAGGCCACCUCAUUGCUCCAAUCCAAAACUCGGGAGCUUCUUCUUCUUUGUGUUGUGAGGCCAAAACCAGUGGGACCAGCUUCGUUGGCAUUGACAUUUCUAGAGCUCAACAAUAAUUUAACAUCUUCCUCUCCUUCCCUCGCACCUCAUUCAUAUAACUCCCUCACACAUUAACCUCCCUUCUCUCUCACACACAUCACAUUACUAUUACUACUACUACAUCAUCAUCAUCAUCAUCCAUGGAACAAGAAGAUAACACUAUCAUACCCACAUUCCUCAGAAAACCUGCAGCAGACCAGAACAACAACAACAACAACAACAACAACUCUCCCACCACCCCUUCUCACAAGUCUUUGCAUGUUUUCCGCCGCAGCAGGAGGCGGUGGAGGAAGGAAGUGGCAGUGAAAGAAGAUGAAGAUGUUGAUGAGGGUGAUGACAGAGAAGAGAUAGAGAGGAAGAUUCAUGCAUUGCAGAGGAUUGUGCCUGGCGGUGAGUCUUUAGGCGUGGACAAGCUCUUUGAUGAAACUGCUGGAUAUAUUCUUGCUUUGCAGUACCAAGUCAAAGCCUUGAGGGCUCUCACUGGAUUCUUUGACAAGCUGGAGAAGGAGAAGACAAAGUUUGGAGGUUGAUGAUGAAUGAAUGAAAAUGAAUAAUCCAUGGUGAUGAUGAUGAUGGAUUAUGGAAGCAAGCAGCCUAGGUUAGGUUCUUUUGGUUUUUCCCACAGACCCCAUUAGUUAGAAUUUUUAUUUUUUUAUUUUCUUCUUUUAAUUUUUAUGUUUUCCUUUGUUGUACUUUUGGAAGUUGGGAUCAAGGAAAAUGUUUAUCCCAUGAUCGGUGUUCUUAGAUUUUUAUUUUUUAAUUUUUUUUUUUGAAGUUCUCAUCAGUUAGUUCUUUCUUUCUUUCUCACUGUUUUCUUUUUUUCACGACUUUAUCUAUAUAUCUUGAAAGUUGA